CUCCGUCAUUUCGUCCCCUCCGCUACAAGUAGAUCUACACGCAACACUGCCAACAGACGCUCAGAGUCAGAUCGAGUCUGCACGGUAGUGCGUCCGCAAGGAGGAUAUAGGACUAAAGAAUUAAUUUCAAUGCUCCAUAUGUCCGAUGUCUCUCGUCCGAGUACGCAUUCAUCCAGUGCAGAUUGUGGUCUUGCUUCACAUCCUCGAAUGAGCAGAUCUACUGAUUGAGAGGCGAGACAGGAACUUGGACUAGCAGUCGGUGAUUCUCUGCCUCUUUACCACGCCGUCUACUGCUGCUGCUGUUCAGUGUGUUGCCUCAUAUUCUGACUGGUAGGUGUUUUCUGUUUGAAUCGACCAGGACGACAAGACGAUGCAGUGGUGUGGCCCGUUGCUAUCGCUGGCUGUAGUGCUGCUAGCAUGCUCCCAGUGUCCGUAUGCGGUGCUUGGUUACACCUGCAUAGAUGAAGGUGAAAUACUCUACGUGCCUCUACCCAAACAUAACGAAACCUACCCGAACGCCAUUAUGUGCAAAGACCUGACACCGGACAGGAACAACUGCAUCCCUCUCGUCUGGACGACCCCAGCGUGUCAGGGUGGGUACUAUCGGUCCCUAACAAACAACGCAGUCUUGCCAUGUCCAGCAGGUUUCUACUGCCCCAUAAAUACUAUCUGUCUUGUUCCAUGCCCACUCGGGGCAUAUUGUGUAACUGCCAAGAAGAAUAUCGACGUAACCAGAAAUCCACCAGUGACCUGUGAUCCAGACUACGGCACACAGCAACUGCCCGACAUGAGCAACCGCACUGAUCCACGCAGCAUUACCUGUGGUGGACCGGCUGGACUGGAUCAGCACGUUAUCUGCAAGGAAGGCUACUAUUGUCCGAACAUCAGCAUGAAAAUCCCAUGCCCGGAAGGUUCGUAUUGUAGAUCUGGCCGCAUGUCACCACAGCCUUGCCCAAUACUGUCACGAUGCAAACGUGGUUCAUCUGCGCCCAUCGAAAACAGUCUCGGCCUGAGUCUCAUCUUCGACCUGGUCCUCAUCUUUCUAGUGAUACUCUUCGUUCUUGCACUGCGUUACAAAGAAAAACUGAAGGCCGCAUUUGGCACUUAUGUUGCGCCAAGGCUACCUGGCAGGGCAAGCAGCUAUGAGGUAUUUACGCCUGAGCAGGAAGGCAAUGGUGAAGAAAUGGAGUCCAUCAACCCCAGCACAGUUGUUCGUGGGGAUCCAGAGCAACGGUACAGUGCCACUCCCGCAGGUACCGAAGCUACCAGAGCAGUGAGCCCCAAGGAUUACACGAUGGAGAUUGAAUUCCACAAUCUCAGUUUAACGUUGAAGAGCAACAAGGUCAAGGUGCUGCAAGGUGCUACUGGCAAGCUUCGACCCAAGACACUGACAGCAAUCAUGGGUGGAAGCGGAGCAGGAAAGACAACGCUGCUAAAUACAUUGAGUGGCAAGGCAUACUACGGCGCGGUGGAGGGAGAUAUCAUGGUCAACGGCAAGCCAGAAAACAUCACAACCUACCGCAGCAUCACAGGCUUUGUUCCACAAGAAGACAUCAUGCACCGAGAGCUAACCACCAGGGAGGUACUGUACUACCAAGGAAUUCUCAGACUGUCUGGUUGUGCAACAUUCCCAGAGAUUAAUCGUAAAGUGGAUGAGGUACUGGAGCUGCUUGGCCUGAUGCAUAUCAAGGAUUCUCAGAUCGGUGACGAAGAGAAGCGAGGCAUUUCCGGCGGUCAGCGCAAGAGAGUGAACAUUGGAAUGGAGCUGGUAGCUGAUCCAACGCUACUGUUCCUGGAUGAACCUACCAGUGGCUUGGACAGUGUCUCAAGUAUGCAGGUGUGUGAGGCGCUGCGGCGCGUUGCUGAAGAGGGCCACUUGACAGUGGUGGCCGUACUACAUCAGCCCAGGUUCGAGAUCUUCCAGAUGUUUCACGAAGUCAUACUGCUGCAGCCCGGUGGUCAAAUUGCGUUCCAAGGUUCCACGCAGCAAGCAGAGGCAUAUUUCUCAGAGCUUGGCUACCCAGUGAAGACAAACGUUAAUCCCAGUGAUCACUAUCUGGAUGUCAUCAACGAUCAUAACAAGAAAGCCAAGUCCGCCAAGAAGCACGCCACAUCCUCCACAGCUACUAAUGAUUCAGCGGAUGGCAAUACAGCCAUGGCACUGACCAGCCUUGGAGAUUUGUGGACAAUGAGACAAUCCAGCAUGACUACUGAUGGUGGUGCAUCAUCGGCACCACCAGAGCGGCAAGCCAGCACACAGCAGUUCACACCAAGGAAAGCACCUGCAUUCUGGAUACAGUUGCUGUUCUUCAUUCGCCGGGCAUUUGUUCUGCAGAUUCGUCAACUCAGUGUGUUGAUACUUGAUCAGCUGCUGGUGCUGAUUGCGGGCGCCGUCCUCGGUGCGCUGUACCGCGAGAUCCUGCUACGCAAGCUGACACUGCUGCUGUGUAUGACCAGCAUGGCAGUAGCUUUGACAAGUAUGCUGGCUGCACUCCGAUGCUUUGGCAGCUGCAAACCCGUCUUCUGGCGAGAGAGUGCGGCAGGAAUCAAUCGUCCAGCAUACUUCCUUGCUACCAACAUCUCGCAGAUUCCGAUCAUCGUCUUCACACCGCUUGUCUUCCUCAGCCUGUUCUAUGCGUUAGUGUCACCACGCGCCCUGUUUCGUGAUUACUACACAGCUAUUCUCAUGCUGGUCUGGGCCAGCCAUGGACUUGGCUAUCUCAUCUCAACAAUAUUCAACAGUCGUAGUUCACAGAUGGCCACAGUGGUUCUGGUACUUGUGUCGGCCAUGAUGUCCGGUGCUCAGCCAUCGUUAUGCAAGAUGAAGAAACAGGCCCUCGGCCCUGUCCUCUACUCGUUGUCAUUUGCACGCUGGUUUGUAGAAGCAUUGUUUGAAAAGGAGGCAAACCGCUAUCCGCCUGUGCACAUCCAGGAAGUUGCCCUUUACUCAAGCUACCAAGGCUACCCACUUGACCAUUUCGCACUGUGCAUCGGUAUUCUGUUUGUGUUUGGCCUGGUGUCUCGAAUCAUUGCUCUCAUCUGCCUCAUGUUCACACACCGCGGCCAGCAGAAGAUCGACCAGGACGACAAGACGAUGCAGUGGUGUGGCCCGUUGCUAUCGCUGGCUGUAGUGCUGCUAGCAUGCUCCCAGUGUCCGUAUGCGGUGCUUGGUUACACCUGCAUAGAUGAAGGUGAAAUACUCUACGUGCCUCUACCCAAACAUAACGAAACCUACCCGAACGCCAUUAUGUGCAAAGACCUGACACCGGACAGGAACAACUGCAUCCCUCUCGUCUGGACGACCCCAGCGUGUCAGGGUGGGUACUAUCGGUCCCUAACAAACAACGCAGUCUUGCCAUGUCCAGCAGGUUUCUACUGCCCCAUAAAUACUAUCUGUCUUGUUCCAUGCCCACUCGGGGCAUAUUGUGUAACUGCCAAGAAGAAUAUCGACGUAACCAGAAAUCCACCAGUGACCUGUGAUCCAGACUACGGCACACAGCAACUGCCCGACAUGAGCAACCGCACUGAUCCACGCAGCAUUACCUGUGGUGGACCGGCUGGACUGGAUCAGCACGUUAUCUGCAAGGAAGGCUACUAUUGUCCGAACAUCAGCAUGAAAAUCCCAUGCCCGGAAGGUUCGUAUUGUAGAUCUGGCCGCAUGUCACCACAGCCUUGCCCAAUACUGUCACGAUGCAAACGUGGUUCAUCUGCGCCCAUCGAAAACAGUCUCGGCCUGAGUCUCAUCUUCGACCUGGUCCUCAUCUUUCUAGUGAUACUCUUCGUUCUUGCACUGCGUUACAAAGAAAAACUGAAGGCCGCAUUUGGCACUUAUGUUGCGCCAAGGCUACCUGGCAGGGCAAGCAGCUAUGAGGUAUUUACGCCUGAGCAGGAAGGCAAUGGUGAAGAAAUGGAGUCCAUCAACCCCAGCACAGUUGUUCGUGGGGAUCCAGAGCAACGGUACAGUGCCACUCCCGCAGGUACCGAAGCUACCAGAGCAGUGAGCCCCAAGGAUUACACGAUGGAGAUUGAAUUCCACAAUCUCAGUUUAACGUUGAAGAGCAACAAGGUCAAGGUGCUGCAAGGUGCUACUGGCAAGCUUCGACCCAAGACACUGACAGCAAUCAUGGGUGGAAGCGGAGCAGGAAAGACAACGCUGCUAAAUACAUUGAGUGGCAAGGCAUACUACGGCGCGGUGGAGGGAGAUAUCAUGGUCAACGGCAAGCCAGAAAACAUCACAACCUACCGCAGCAUCACAGGCUUUGUUCCACAAGAAGACAUCAUGCACCGAGAGCUAACCACCAGGGAGGUACUGUACUACCAAGGAAUUCUCAGACUGUCUGGUUGUGCAACAUUCCCAGAGAUUAAUCGUAAAGUGGAUGAGGUACUGGAGCUGCUUGGCCUGAUGCAUAUCAAGGAUUCUCAGAUCGGUGACGAAGAGAAGCGAGGCAUUUCCGGCGGUCAGCGCAAGAGAGUGAACAUUGGAAUGGAGCUGGUAGCUGAUCCAACGCUACUGUUCCUGGAUGAACCUACCAGUGGCUUGGACAGUGUCUCAAGUAUGCAGGUGUGUGAGGCGCUGCGGCGCGUUGCUGAAGAGGGCCACUUGACAGUGGUGGCCGUACUACAUCAGCCCAGGUUCGAGAUCUUCCAGAUGUUUCACGAAGUCAUACUGCUGCAGCCCGGUGGUCAAAUUGCGUUCCAAGGUUCCACGCAGCAAGCAGAGGCAUAUUUCUCAGAGCUUGGCUACCCAGUGAAGACAAACGUUAAUCCCAGUGAUCACUAUCUGGAUGUCAUCAACGAUCAUAACAAGAAAGCCAAGUCCGCCAAGAAGCACGCCACAUCCUCCACAGCUACUAAUGAUUCAGCGGAUGGCAAUACAGCCAUGGCACUGACCAGCCUUGGAGAUUUGUGGACAAUGAGACAAUCCAGCAUGACUACUGAUGGUGGUGCAUCAUCGGCACCACCAGAGCGGCAAGCCAGCACACAGCAGUUCACACCAAGGAAAGCACCUGCAUUCUGGAUACAGUUGCUGUUCUUCAUUCGCCGGGCAUUUGUUCUGCAGAUUCGUCAACUCAGUGUGUUGAUACUUGAUCAGCUGCUGGUGCUGAUUGCGGGCGCCGUCCUCGGUGCGCUGUACCGCGAGAUCCUGCUACGCAAGCUGACACUGCUGCUGUGUAUGACCAGCAUGGCAGUAGCUUUGACAAGUAUGCUGGCUGCACUCCGAUGCUUUGGCAGCUGCAAACCCGUCUUCUGGCGAGAGAGUGCGGCAGGAAUCAAUCGUCCAGCAUACUUCCUUGCCACCAACAUCUCGCAGAUUCCGAUCAUCGUCUUCACACCGCUUGUCUUCCUCAGCCUGUUCUAUGCGUUAGUGUCACCACGCGCCCUGUUUCGUGAUUACUACACAGCUAUUCUCAUGCUGGUUUGGGCCAGCCAUGGACUUGGCUAUCUCAUCUCAACAAUAUUCAACAGUCGUAGUUCACAGAUGGCCACAGUGGUUCUGGUACUUGUGUCGGCCAUGAUGUCCGGUGCUCAGCCAUCGUUAUGCAAGAUGAAGAAACAGGCCCUCGGCCCUGUCCUCUACUCGUUGUCGUUUGCACGCUGGUUUGUAGAAGCAUUGUUUGAAAAGGAGGCAAACCGCUAUCCGCCCGUGCACAUCCAGGAAGUUGCGCUUUACUCGAGCUACCAAGGUUAUCCACUUGACAAUUUUGCACUGUGCAUCGGUAUCCUGUUUGUGUUUGGCCUGGUGUCUCGAAUCAUUGCUCUCAUCUGCCUCAUGUUCACACACCGCGGCCAGCAGAAGUAGACCAGCAGUCACGGUCAGGCACUGAACACUGAAACAGUUCAGGCAUGGCGGCAGCAAAGACGUUUUAAAAGUAAAAUCCGCAUGUCCACUCUUCUCCAGUCGUUCUUUUGACCAGACGUUGGGUUGAGCAGACCCAGUUUGUUUCCAGCAGAUCACUGCACACUGUACAACAUAGUGCUAUGAGACACUUGGCACCUUGCCCUUUGCAUACCCAACACAUGUUCUAGUGCACGCCAAAUUCACACUGUGCAUGCGCCUUUGCAGCCUGAUCUCACAUAGAGAACUUUAUGACUAUUUUCAAUUUAGUAUUUUAUAUUUAUUCUCCUGCCGAGUUUGCACAUUCACAAUCACUCACAUAUUCGUUAGGGCAAAUUUUAUUGAACUUCCUUGGCUUGGUGCACAUGAAAAAAAGUUGUCACUCACAUCAGUUUGUGACGACAGCAAAAAUGCAUACUGAUUAUCUA